AUGUCCGAACCCCAACAUUUCAUGUACACCAGCGGAGAGACCGACCCAGUCUGGAUUCACACCACGCCCUACAAGAGCCUGCCCAGAUUUUCCAAACUCGACCGGGAUCUUGAGACAGAUGUUUGCAUUGUUGGCGCUGGUAUCUCUGGAAUUUCAAUUGCAUACGAGCUCGUGACCCGCGGUCGCAAUGUCGUCUUGAUUGAGGGUCGCGAGGUCCUUUCGGGCGAGACGGGCCGUACGUCUGGUCACCUAGCUAGUGACCUCGAUGAUGGCUAUCCUGACAUUGCGAAAAAGCACGGUGACAAGGGCGCAAAGGCUGCAGCUGAGUCGCAUCAAUGGGCGCUUAACCGCGUUGGCGAGAUCUCCAAGCAGCUGGGUAUCGAGUGCGAGUACCGUCAGCUCCCAGGCUACGACUUCUCGCAGUAUCCGAAAGGAACAAAGGAGCAUGCGGACGAUGUCAAGACUCUCAUUGAAGAGGGCCGAAAAGCAAAAGAGCUAGGACUUAUGACAGAAUACAGGGAAGGCUUCAAGCUCAAGGGCUGGGAAGGUAACAUCGAUCAGAGUGAUGCCGUCAUCUACAGCAACCAAGCCACUUUCCACCCAACAAAGUACUGUGCCGGUGUCCUUGAGUUCCUCAGGAAUCAACCGAACUUCUCGUGCUACACCAACACACGAUGCAUUGACGUGCAGGAGAAGGGGAUUGAGAUUCUGGGUAUGGGAUCGAAGGAUGUAUAUGUCAAGACUAUAGACGGCCACACAAUCAAGUGUGCCGACGCUGUUGAAGCCACCUGCGUCCCUCUCCAGAAGCUGUCAGUUGUCGCACAAGAGGAAUCUUACCGCACAUACUGUAUUGCAAUCCGGGUGCCCAAGGGCUCCGUCGAAGACGCUCUUUUCUACGACUCCGCCGAGAUGUACAAGUACGUCCGCCUGACCGAGUGCGACGAACAACAUGACUACAUGGUGGUUGGUGGCGGCGACCACAAAGUAGGCCAGAGCGACACAAAGGCACCAUUUGUAGAGUUGGAGGAAUGGACGCGUGCUCGCUUCCCCCAAGCUACGUCCAUCGACUACAAGUGGAGCGGACAAGUCUUCGAGCCCGUAGAUCUGAUGGCCUUUAUCGGCCUGAACCAAGGCUGCAAACACAUCUACAUUGUAACAGGUGACUCAGGUAACGGCCUCACGCACGGCGUGCUAGCAGGAAAGCUCAUCGCGGACGGCAUCACAGGCGAAGCAAACCCAUGGGCCUCUGCUUACGACCCCAAGCGCAUUGUUUCCAUGCUGAAAUCGCUGCCCGCGCUGGUCUCGCACGACGUGCAGAUCAACUCGCAGUACAAGCGCUUUCUGCAAUCCGACAUCAAGGAUAUUGAGGAUCUGGUUCCAGGUGAAGGUGGUGUUCUCAACUCGGCGACUCACAAGCCGUUGGCGGUGUACAAGGACGACGGCGGUCAGGUGCACAAGUUCAGUGCCUUGUGUCCCCAUCUGAAGGGUGUGGUGUGCUGGAACUCGACGGAGAAGAGCUGGGAUUGCCCCGUACAUGGGAGUAGGUUUAGCAAGGAUGGCGUGCAGCUUUGUGGGCCGAGUAAGAUGGGAUUGGAGCCGGCGAAUGAGAGUGGUGAGGCGAUGCAGAAGCAGGCGCUUACGGGUGCGUCGUAG